AUUUCAAAUGUGACGGUCAGCAAGAACCAAACCCACUUGACUGAGUUCGAGAGCUCAGCAGUCAUUAAGUGCUCUGUCGCUUCUGGAUCCCUCCUCUCUUUCCUCUGGAUGAACACCAGCUCUGAGGUUACAGCCAGCGACAGAGUCCAUCUCUCUGAUGGAAACGCCACUCUCACUAUCAUCAACUUGACCCGUGAUGACUUAGGACCAUUCAGGUGUUUUGUGUUUAAUCCUGUCAGCAAUGGCACCAGUGAUCCAGUUAACUUCACCAUCAUCUAUGGCCCAGAUAAUUUGGCUCUUACUGUGAAUGGACUGGACAUUACCUCCUUUUCAGUUGGAUCAAAUCUGACUAUGCUCUGCUCUGUGGAGUCCAACCCUCCCGCUCAGCUUCAGUGGGCUUUCAGAGGAAAACCUCUGAACAGGACAGGCACAUUGUUGGAGCUCCUCCAUGUCAGUGAGGACCAAAGUGGUCCAUAUUCCUGCUCGGCCUUUAACAACUACACCAACACACACAGCAAUAUAACCACACACAUCAUGAUCCUAAAGUCUGGAUCUGAGCAGCAGGCAGUGAAUGUGUUACUGCUCCUCACUGGAUUCCUUCUCUCUCUGCCAGAUUUGGCUAAUUUUAUUUGCAUCAAGAGAACAGAGGUGAUUAGAGUGCUGUGGCAAACAGUGCUGGCAGAUCUGAAUUACUCUAGCCCAUUUGAUGAAAAAGAAAUUCUCAUCAAAAUGAAGAGCCGAAUGGAGUUUCCCACGCUUUUUGUCCUAAUCCUGUCCACAAUAACCUUUGCAGAUAUUGUGCACAGCCAAAACAUAUAUGCCUCCAACAACCCUGUAGCAGUGGGAAGCAAUGUGACAAUUUUCAGCCAAGUCAUUUUCGAAAUGGGGACAUGGAGGCUCAACAAGAAAUUGAUCGUGUUCAAGUUCCCAGGAGGUUAUGUCGUAAGUAACAAAUGGAAGGACAGGGUAACAUUCAAUUUAACAACGGAAGCUCUGACUAUAACGUCAGUUACGAUGAAUGACUCUGGAGUGUAUGAAUUAGAGGAAGUGAACGGUUUUCAAGAAGAGUUCAGCCUGACAGUUCAAGUCCCAGUGUCAAAUGUGACAGUGUGGGUGAAAGAAACCAACCUGGUUGAAUUCAAUGGCACAGCAGUCCUCGUGUGCUCUGCGUCUCAGGGCACGUCCUUGUCUUAUAAAUGGUUGAAGCGGAACUCUACCAUUUCAGACGGUGAAGAACAGCUCAAGAGUGAAAAUACCACUCUUACCAUAGUCAACGUGACCCGGUACGACCAAGGGCCCUACAGAUGCAAUGUGUCUAAUGGAGUUGGACAUGAAAUUAGCCCCUCUGUGUAUCUCAACAUUAGCUAUGGCCCAAGUAAUACAGCAAUAAUGGCCAUGCCAGCAGAGAACAUGUACAGAACAGGAUCAAAUAUUACACUGUCUUGCUCAACGGAGUCCAACCCUCCCGCAAUGGUCCAGUGGAUGUUUAAUGAUGUGUACCUGAACCAAAAUGGUCCCCAACUGCAACUAGAGAAUGUUACAUUGAGCCACUCAGGAAAUUACACGUGCAUGGUUCAAAACAGUGUCACAUUAAGGUUUGACAAUGCAAGCACAGUGAUACAAGUUAUGGAUCCUCUAACAACGGUUCUCAUGAGAACCAGCGGACCGGCAAUACUUCAUAAGUCAUUCACUCUGCAGUGUGAAGUGCCUGAUACUGUGCACAGCAUUCAGUGGUUCAAGGAUGACCAACUCAUUUCUGCUGACAAUACAACAAUCUUUGGCUUGGACAACAAGACGCUGACUCUCAAUCCAGUUCAACACUCUCAUAGUGGACCCCAUCAUUGUCAGGCUUUCAAUUUAGUGAGCAACAUGACCAGCAGCCGCUAUGCAGUCAUAGUUAACUAUGGACCACACAUACCAACUAUCAUGGGACCAAAUGUGGGGAAGACAGGAGACAGUGUCACACUCAGAUGCCAUGCGGAGUCAUCCCCUCAAAGCCAGUACAAAUGGUAUUUCAAUGGCUCUGAAGUCUCUAACAUGCCUAAUUUUACCACACCGCCUCUCACCAAAGAAUCAAGUGGGGAAUACAUCUGCAUGGCCUUCAAUGACAUCACCAAUAAAAGCAGCACAGCCUACAAAAUUAUCACAGUUGUUGAUCCAAUAGAAAAUGUGCAAGUAGAAACACAGAUGAAUCCUGCCAUUGAAGGCCAUCCGUAUAAUUUAACAUGCAAUAUUACUGGACCUGCUGAUCACAUUUACUGGAUGAAGGACUGGGAAAUACUGCAAAUGGACAACAGAACUGUUUUCAACAUGGAUAACAGCACGAUCACGUUCAUGUCCAUGAAGCUUUCUGAUACAGGAGCCUACCAGUGCGUAGCCAGUAGUGCUUUAGGAAACAUGACCAGUGAUCCUUACAAGCUGGUUGUCAACUAUGGCCCAGACAUGCCAACUAUCAUGGGACCAAAUGUGGGGAAGACAGGAGACAGUGUCACACUCAGAUGCCAUGCGGAGUCAUCCCCUCCAAGCCAGUACAAAUGGUAUUUCAAUGGCUCUGAAGUCUCUAACAUGUCUAAUUUUACCACACCACCUCUCACCAAAGAAUCAAGUGGGGAAUACAUCUGCAUGGCCUUCAAUGACAUCACCAAUAAAAACAGCACAGCCUACAUAAUGAUCACAGUUGUUGAUCCAAUAGAAAAUGUGCAAGUAGAACCACAGAUGAAUCCUGCCAUUGAAGGCCAUCAGUAUUAUUUAACAUGCAAUGUUACUGGAGCUGCUGAUCACAUUUACUGGAUGAAGGACUGGGAAAUACUGCAAAUGGACAACAGAACUGUUUACAACAUGGAUAACAGCACGAUCACGUUCAUGUCCAUGAAACGUUCUGAUGCAGGAGACUACCAAUGUAUGGCAAAAAAUGUUUUAGGAAACAUGAUCAGUGAUCCUUUCAAGCUGGUUGUCAACUAUCCAAUAGAAAAUGUGCAAGUAGAACCACAGAUGAAUCCUGCCAUUGAAGGCCAUCCAUAUAAUUUAACAUGCAGUGUUACUGGACCUGCUGAUCGCAUUUACUGGAUGAAGGACUGGGAAAUACUGCAAAUGGACAACAGAACUGUUUUCAACAUGGAUAACAGCAUGAUCAUGUUCAUGUCAGUGGAACGUUCUGAUGCGGGAGACUACAAAUGUAUGGCAAAAAAUGCUUUAGGAAACAUGACCAGUGCUCCUUUCAAGCUGGUUGUCAACUUUGGACCGAAGGCAGCCAUGAUUGAUGGGCCAGCUUUUGCUGAAAGAGGAAGUUAUAUUAGUUUCAAGUGCUCUGCUGUGUCAGUGCCUCUCAGUUAUUUCAGCUGGUGGUUUAAGCCAAAUGGCACUGGCCACUAUGAUACACAGCACAUAUAUAUGGGAAAAAUGGUGGGCAACACUUCAGUUUUUACUGUUGGCCCUUUGUCUUUAAAUAUGAGUGGAGAAUACAUCUGUAUGGUCUACAAUCCUGUGACAAGAACGAACAUCACAAACUCCACAGUGCUCACAGUCAUAGAGGCAAUAAAGUCAGUGAUGAUCCUCAGCAACACAACUCCAAUAAACAACCAAAAUUUCACUCUCACAUGCCACGUUGUUGGGCCUUAUGAGAUGAUCUACUGGCUGAAGGGCGGCAUAGACCUUAACAUGAGUGUUUGUGACCCUGAUUUACACAAGUGGUGCCACACUGAGAAGAACAUGCUACAUUUCUCUACUCUGAAAUUGCAAAGUAAUGGGUCAUAUCAGUGUGUUGCUGCUAAUAAGGCUGCUCAUCACAAGAGCCCCAAGUACAACCUUCUAGUAAACUAUGGCCCUCUGUCUGUGCAUAUCUCUGGCCCAGAUUCAGGGAAAAAGGGCACCACGGUUAACCAGACAUGCACUGCUGAUUCUUGGCCAAAAUCUAACUUCCAAUGGUUCUUCAACAAUAAGUUAGUGGAUCUAAAGGGUGGACCUGUCAUCACAUUUUCUGCAACUAAACAGAAUGAGGGGAAAUACACAUGUGGAGCGACAAACCCCAUUACAAAGAUAACAAUGUACACCAGCAAAACUUUCACUGUCUUAAGUCAUGCUUCUGCAAUCCACGUCUCCACCCAGGAAGGUCUGAUAGCCAUGGGUCUGCUUGCUUUUUCUGCCCAUGUGCUAUUUAAUUGAGUCCUCCAUGUGAUGAAAUCAAGUCAGCCUGAAAGAUCUCUUGCUCCCUCUAUAGGCUUUCCACGCUCUUCCAGUGGAACAACAAGAAAAUGAUACGUAGUGAAGUCUGGAUUUUUAAUGGUAAAUUAGCAGUGAUAAUGAAAAGAAAAAAUAUUUAGUCAUUGUAAUGUGUCUUUUGUUGCAUUUUAAUGCUAAAAGUCAUAAUUAUUACCAUAUCAUAUUAAUUAAGGUCAUUCUAUCACAUAUAUGCUUGCUGUUAUAUAAUACUAUAAUACAAUGGAAAUCCUCAGGGUAGUCCUUUUAAAUUCUUCCUUAAUCACUUGAUUAAAAAUUCCAAUUAUUUAUGCACACAUGCACUUUUUCUUUAAAAAGCAUGAUGAUAUUAGAUAUAAUUUAUUUAGAUAUGAGUAAAUGGAUGCAUAUUAUUGUACUUUGAUUCACUGUAUUUUCUUGCAAAUGAAUAAAAAACACACCAUAAUUCA